AUGGCACCACCUCCAGAAAUAGCCAUUCCAUCCACGAGCAUCUCCGACGAGGGUUCGGGGAAGCCAUAUACACUAUACAAUAUCACUCUGCGGCUACCGCUGCGGUCCUUUGUCGUACAGAAGCGCUACUCGGACUUUGGCAAGCUGCAUGAGACACUGCUCCAGCAGGUCGGCUCGGCACCACCCCAGCCACUGCCACAAAAGCACUGGCUCAAAUCAACAGUCACUUCGCCUGACCUGGCGCGCGAGCGACAAGUCGGCCUCGAGCGCUACCUCAAGACGAUUGCUGAGUCGCCCGACCGACGCUGGCGCGACACCCCGGCGUGGCGUGCCUUUCUCAACCUCCCCAACUCCAGCACCACAAACUCGGCCGUCUCGGCAGGCGGGCGAGCCUCCAACGUCGCGUCGGGCGCGGCCGAUCCCGCGACAUGGCUUGACCUGCACAAGGAGCUCAAGCAGCACCUCCACGACGCCCGAAUCGCACUCUCGAAACGAGACGGCGCCGCCGACAGCGGCAAUAUGACGGCAGUGGCCGAAGCCGCCGCGUCCGCCCGCAAAUCGAUUGUCCGCGGCGGCACACUGGUCGUAAUUCUUACCGAAGGCCUCAAGAAGCUGCAAGAGUCGGGGCGCAUCGGCGAUGGCGAGCUGCGCCGUCGGCGCGACCUCGUGUCGACGGCCAAGAUGGAGCGUGAGGGCCUCGACAAGCUGGCCAAUAGUAUGCCCAGCAGCGUUCUCGGCGGCAGCUCCGCGCGCGGUGAUGGCCUGUCCAUGUCACCGGAAAAGGCCAAGCUGCUCAACAGCGCGCGCCCAGGCGGCCGUCGCCUUGGCGGCGGCGCGCCGGCCUCGGAGACGGACAAGACACGUGAGCUCGACAACCAGGGUGUUCUGCUGCUGCAGAAGCAGGAAAUGGAGGCGCAGGAUCUGCAGCUCGACCAGCUGACGGCCAUUAUACGGCGGCAAAAGGAAAUGGGCCUUCAGAUCAAUGAGGAGGUAGAACGGCAGACGCAGAUGCUUGACGUGCUCGACGAAGAUGAGGCGCGUGUCCGCGGCAAGCUCGGCGUGGCCAACAACCGCAUCCGCAAGAUGUGA